AUGGACGAAGAAGGCCAACUGCUACAGCCUCAAGACCAGAGCUGCUGGGCCACUCUGCCUGAUGUGUGUCUUCGUCGUGUUUUCUGGUGGCUAGGAGACAGGGACAGGUCCAGGGCGGCCCUCGUCUGCAGAAAAUGGAACCAGAUAAUGUAUUCAGCUGACCUCUGGCGAUACAGGACCAUCACGUUCAGUGGGAGACCUUCCAGGGUACACGCGUCUGAAUUCGAGUCGGCUCUUUGGUAUGUCAAGAAAUUUGGUCGUUAUCUGGAGCACCUGGAGAUCAAAUUCCUGAAUCCUUACAAUGCUGUCCUGACCAAGAAGUUCCAGGUCACCAUGCGAGGCCUUCUCUCGUGUCUGGGCAAGAGUAACAACCGUCUCAGAUCUCUGUCCAUCCAGCACCUGGAACUGGACCGCCUGGUCUGGAGGAACAGCAUCCGGAGCUCAUUCAUGAAAAGCUUGAGCUUCUUCUUGAAGAAAAUGGGCAAACACCUGGAUUAUCUCAACCUGAAAGGGGCCAGGCUCACCGUGGAGCAGGGCUGCCACGUCCUCAACUCCCUGAGCUACUUAAGGAGCGAGAGCGUGGUGUCGGAGCUCAACAUCGAGGACUACUUCAGCCACCACCUCGCCGUCUACAGCAGCCCCCAGUUCAACAAGACCAUGGCCACGUUCCGCCGCCUGGCGUCCUUGACCCUCAACUACAACUGCAUCUCCGACGAGCUGCUGGAGAACUUGUGUGAGAACAAUGCCAGCACCCUCUGGACCAUGAACAUCAAGUGCCACGUUCAUGACCCCCACGGGCAGGUCAUUUGGGGCAUGUCCUGGGCCAAGCUGGCCAGGCACGCCCCCAACCUGAAGGUCAACUUCUUCUUUGAACGAGUCAUGAAGUACGAGCGCUUGGCCCGAAUCCUCCUGCAGGAGAUUCCGGUCAGGAGCAUCAGUCUGAGAAGCUGCUAUUUCAGCGACCCAGAUUGGUCCAUGAGGCCCACCCUGACGGAGCUCCUGCCCACCUUCCGGCACACUCUGCAGAAACUGACUUUCGAGUUUAACAACAACCAUGAGUCUCUGGACGAGGAGCUGCACCUCCUCAUCUUGUCCUGCAGGAAGCUGUUUUACUUCAAAAUCUGGGCUUUCCUUGAUGUUAAGUUUGUGGAGAGGAUCCUGAAGAGUCAGGAAGAAGGCCAGUGUGCCCUGCGCACACUCAAGGUGAGAAUUUACACAAACAGAUAUGAGACGAAUGAAGAGGACAGAACACUGCGGGAAAUUUACAGGAAGUACAGAAAGAUGAUCGACUCAGAGCUCAACUAUUUUGUCAUCGCUUACCCCAUGAUGUGACAAGCGCCCUCCAGCUCUCGGGAGGAAGAGAGCCAGGAGCACUCUGAAGGUGACAAUGCAGUCCUCAGAGAACGGCCCCUGGGGCACCCCCUACCCUCACCCCUUUUUCUUCUCUCUCUCCUUGUUGCCAGUUUCACACCAACAUGGCACCCCAGCUUCUGCUGGGACACUGGUCAUGUGGAGAUCCUGACUGACUUUAAAGUGCUGUCUUUCCCAGCU